GUUGCCUCUAGCUAUGGAAACUAGUUUCUGCCAUAGGAGGUUCCCUCUGGUCUCCUGCUUCCAUUUGCUGCAGUUCUGGCCAUUCCUGCUCCUAGCCUCAGCAGUUCCAUUGCACGGCGCCUGGUCCCUUCGGACCCGUGGUCUUCUGGCAGCCCGGCCAUUGUGCAGCCACCGGAGCCCCUCAACAUCCAGAUCCUUUUGCAUCUGGGAUAAGAACCUGCCCACAGAGAAAACAGGAUUUCACUCUACCUCACUGCGGCAGCGAUCCCUGGCUUCCAAAGGGGCUAGCCAGCGCCAUGCCAUACGGCUGAGGCGUCAGGCCCAGGGGAUCAGGCCUGCUACCCCAUCUGGCUUUGAGGAUGGUCCCUCCUCAUCUCAGUACCCCUGGGCCAUCGUUUGGGGUCCCACAGUAUCGGUUGAAGAUGGAGGUGAUGCCAGCUCUGCGAACCCAGGCUUCCCGCUUCUGGAUUAUGCCUUUGUUUCAUCAAAUGGAAUGGCAACAGCACAACCCAAUUCCCACUCUCUGUUACACAAUGAAGGGCUCAACCUGCGUCAGACUCCAGCCACACUGCCACCCUUCCUCUUUGGACCUCGGGGAGAAGGUGUGGACCCCCAACUCUACGUCACCAUUACAAUCUCUGUCAUUAUCAUCCUUGUUGCUAUGGGAAUAAUACUCAAAUUCUGCUGGGACCGGAAUCAGAAGCGCCGUCACCAUUCUAGUCAGCAAAGUGAGUUGCAGCAGCAGGAGAGCCAGCAGCCAUUAACAGACCUGUCACCUGCCACGGUCAGCAUCCUGGGACCCUACAGCGAUUCGCAGGUUCCUACACCAGAGAUGGUGGAAACGGGACAAGUACUGGAAGGCUUGGAGAAGCUGGAGGGUCUAGGGAAGUCCAGUGCCUUCCAGCUCAACAGGAUUCCACUGGUGAACUUGUGACUGAGUGCACUAGAAGGAAUAGGGCCUGAUGUCCUCAUAAUGAGCUCCAAUGCUGAAUCUUCA